GCUGAUGUCUUUGUACCAAGGAUUGUGAAUAUCAUAUACUUUAGAUCGCAUAAAAAAUGUCGUUUUAGAUCAGAACCACAUAUCAGAACAGAUUGCUUUGUUUUUAUCUGUUUCAUUUCAUUCUCUUUUCAACACACUCUUACUUAUGUCUUUUCAGGUUCUCCAGAACUUGCUUCUGUCAAUGAUUCUGUAAAAGACAUUCAGGCUCCCUCUGUCGGAGAUGUUGCCACAAAUGGCAAGGUUGCUGGGGCUGCAGUUGGAGGUGGAACUCCUGUUAGUCCCUCCAACGUUACUGCUGAGUAUGACUUAAACAGAAUUCUUAUUGAUACAGCAGCGCCAUUUGAAUCUGUGAAAGAAGCAGUUUCUAAGUUUGGAGGCAUUGUUGACUGGAAAGCUCAUAAAGUUCAGACUGUGGAGAGGCGCAAAAUCAUAGAACAAGAACUUACAAAGGUACAACAAGAGAUCCCCCUGUACAAGGAGCAGUCCGAGAUGGCUGAAAAGUCAAAGAUCCAGAUACUGAAGGACUUGGAAAACAUUAAGAGACUUGUUGAGGAACUAAAGUUGAAUCUGGAAAGAGCACAGACAGAAGAGUGUCAAGCGAAGCAAGAUUCUGAACUUGCCCAGCUCAGAGUUGUAGAGAUGGAACAAGGUAUUGCUCACGAAGCUAGUGUGGCAGCCAAGCAACAGCUUGAGGUGGCUAAAGCUCGACAUGCUGCUGCAAUUGCUGACCUUAAAUCUGUAAAGGAAGAGCUGCAAUUGCUGCAAAAAGAACAUGCUUCUUUAUUGACUGAGAAAGAAGAAGCUGUGAAGAAAGCUGAAGAGGCUGUCUCUGCAUCUAAAGAGAUUGAGAAGACUGUGGAGGAGUUUACCAUAGAGCUGAUUACUACGAAGGAAACCCUAGAGUCUGCACAUGCUGCUCAUCUAGAGGCGGAGGAACAAAGGAUUGGAGCAGCUAUGGCCAAGGACCAAGAUAGUCUCUCUUGGGACAAAGAAUUGAAACUGACUAUUUUUACUGCCUGCAUGCAUGAAUGCAAAAACACUUGUGAGUUGUGACAUGUUUGGCAAUGUUUAUUGUAGAGAUUUGUAGU